AUGAAUCUCCCCAGCCUUGUCCACCAGUCGCGGCACCACAAUCACUACCCACAGUCCACUCAGGGUAAUGGACUCGACUUCUCAGAUCACCACCACCAGUCUCCCGCUCCAUACAUACACCGUCCGCAUGAAUAUGCUCACCCACCCGCUCCUCCUCCGUCGCCACCGGUGGAGGAUAACAAUAGAUGCUCUCUGCCUUCAAUUUCAGCACUGCUUGUGUUCGCCGAUGGAGGCCAACUAGGAGGAAAUGGUAAGCGCUAUGGUGUUGGGAUUGGAAGCCAGCCGUGGUACUGAUCUAUCAUCUUGAACCAUAGGAAUGGACAGGAUGGAGCGGCAACAACGGUCCCCUCAAUACCAGAGCCAGACACCACAUAGUUCUGGGCCUGCUCUUCCUCUUACCCCUCCUAUGAGACCCGACUCAGUGUUUGAGGGCAAUAAUUCACCCCCGCUGUCAUCGACAUCGCCUUCAUCUUCUUACUUUUACUCUCCCACCUCUUCACAGGGAGGGAACCGAAAUUCCUACCCUCCUUCCCAGUCAAAGUAUCCGUCGCCUCCCGAGCCAUCCUAUCAUCAUCAGUACCCUUCUUAUCCACCAUCCACUCCUCAAAGCCAGCCUACCAUGGCAUACAGUAAGCAUGCACCACCGCAACCUCCCCACCAACUAUUAAUUCCUGUUUCUGUUGCCCCCCCUUCAGCAUCAAAUCCUUGGCACCACCAUCAUCAUUCAUCACCCGCUUCACACGCUGCGUUCCCGCAAUCCCAAGAUCGCUACAUCUGCCCGACAUGCAACAAGGCGUUCUCGAGGCCCAGUAGUCUGAGAAUACACAGUCACAGUCAUACCGGCGAGAAACCCUUCAAAUGCCCUCACCACGGAUGCGGCAAGGCUUUCAGCGUACGGAGCAACAUGAAGCGCCACGAAAGAGGUUGCCAUCAAUGAAUAAAUAUAUAUAUAAUUUUUUUUUAAAAAAAAACCCCCCAAAAAAGAAAUAACGGCUACAAAAAGUUUGUUAAUACAACAAAAAAACAAACAGGUGUUGCAUGAACCGGCGAAUAAGAAGCUUUCUGGGUAAUUUUAAAUACUGGAUUCUAUUUUCUGGCUGUCCCUAUUAUCUUGUCUCUUUUUCUUUCUCCCCCGGUCUGGGUAUUUACCGUAUACCAAGACCCUAUGCACGGGUCGUCCAGUGCGGUGAUACCCAAUCAUGCUUAGCGUUUUGUAGAUGAUUCCCUCCUGUAUCCUGUAUCCUCUAUGAUUUCCUUCUGGGUCGUUUGCUGUCAUUUUCUUACUAGCAUUGCAAACUCUACGGCGCAAUUUGGGGGCUUUGAUCUUGAACCGCGCCAUGCAUUCAUGGCGAGUGCUGAUUAUGUUGGGUCUGUUUUGGGUACCGGUAUCAAAGAUUAUUGUAUUAUAUCAAAAUGCUCGUGGCUUAAUCGGCAGAGCAUGGGUGGAACACUUAGUUUAUAGCUCUAGUAUCAAAAUAUCGUCGAGGAAUAUCAAAAGGAAUGUUUCCCUCG